GGGGCUGGAUGGAACGUGUGUGUCUUUCUGCAGCUGUGGGCUCAGUUCCUUCAGCACCCUGAAAAUUCCUCCCUGUCCCAGAGCUGUCGCGCGCUACAACUUCACCAUGCUCCUGCUGCUGGGGCUGUGCCUGGGGUUGCCUCUCUUUUCGGAGUCCCAGGAAGAGGCACGGAGCUGGGAUGACGCCUCCGAGCAAGUCGCACUCAGGGUGCCCAGACAACUCAGGCUCUUGCAAAGGCUGAAAGCCAAGCCCUUGAUGACAGAGUUCUCGGUGAAGUCUACCAUCAUUUCUCGCUAUGCCUUCACCACAGUUUCCUGCAGAGUGCUCAACAGAGCUUCUGAGGACCAGGAUGUUGAGUUCCAGAUGCAGAUUCCAGCAGCAGCUUUCAUCACCAACUUCACUAUGCUCAUCGGAGACAAAGUAUAUCAGAGUGAAAUUACAGAGAAAGAAAAGAAAAGCCAUGACAGAAUAAAAGAAAAAAGAAACAAAACCACAGACAAUAAUGAGGAGACGGAGACUGACACGUUCAAAGCUUCUUUAGUGAUUCCCAGCAAGGACAAGGCCGCAUUCCUCCUCAGUUACGAAGAGCUUCUGCAGAGGAGGCUGGGGAAAUACGAGCACUCCAUCAGCGUGCGCCCCCAGCAGCUGGUGGGCCGACUGACUGUGGAGGUGAAUGUUCUGGAGAGGUCAGGCAUCUCAGCCUUGGAGGUGCUCCCUCUUCACAACAGCAGGAAGAAGGGCAGUGGGAUUGCAGAAGGUGAUGUGGGUCCUCCCCCUUCUACUGUCAUCAACCAAAAUGAAACUUUUGCCAAAGUUAUUUUUAAGCCUACUGUGGUCCAACAAGCUAAGAUUGCCCAGAAUGGAAUUUUGGGAGAUUUCAUCAUUCGAUAUGAUGUCAAGAGAGAGCAGACCAUUGGUGACAUUCAGGUUCUGAAUGGCUACUUUGUGCACUACUUUGCCCCUAAAGACCUCCCUCCUUUACCCAAGAAUGUGGUUUUCGUGCUUGACAUCAGUGCAUCCAUGGUGGGAACGAAACUCCAGCAGACCAGGGAAGCCCUCGUCACGAUUCUCAACGAUCUCCGACCCCAGGAUCAUUUCAAUAUCAUUGGGUUUUCCAACCGGAUCAAAGUGUGGAAGGACCGCUUGUUACCAGUGACUCCUGAUAGCAUCAGGAAUGGCAAGCUCUACAUUUACCACCUGUCACCCACUGGAGGCACCGACAUCAAUGGGGCCCUCCAGAUGGCCAUCAAAUUGCUUAACAAUUAUGUGGCCCAGAAUGAUAUUGAAGAUCGGAGUGUGUCCCUCAUCGUCUUCCUCACUGAUGGGAAACCCACCUUUGGGGAGACCAAUACCCUCAAGAUUAUCAGCAAUACCAAAGAAGCCACUGGAGGUCAGAUCUGCAUCUUUACCAUUGGCAUCGGCAAUGACGUGGACGUCAAGCUGUUAGAGAAACUUUCGCUGGAGAACUGUGGUCUUUCACGGCAUGUUCAUGAAGAGGAGAAGGCAGGAGAACAGCUCAUCGGGUUCUAUGAUGAAAUCCGAACCCCGCUUCUUUCUGACAUCCGCGUAGAUUAUCCUCCUGACGUAGUAGAGCAUGCCACCAAAACCCUAUUCCCCAACUACUUCAAUGGUUCUGAGAUCGUCAUUGCCGGGAAGAUGGUAGACAGGAAGUUUGAUCAGUUCCAUGUGGAGGUCACUGCCAGCAACAGUAAGAAAUUUGUCAUCCUGAAGAAAGACAUCCCCGUGGAGUCCCAGAAGCUGGGGAAUGACGUCACAGCCACCCCCGGGCCUGCCCGUGAUGGUCGGGAGGACCCCAAUCACGUUGAGCGUCUUUGGAGCUACCUCACUGUGAAGGAACUGCUGAGCUCCUGGCGGCAGAGCAGCAGUGAACAAGAGAAGGAGCAGCUGAGGCAGAAGGUGCAGGCUUUAGCCUUGAACUAUCACUUCCUCACCCCCUUCACCGCCAUGAAGCUGAAGAAGCCAGGGCCUCGCACAGACGGGCUGGAGGACACCCGCGGCAUGUCUGCAGCCACAGGACCUGAGACAGUGGUACAGAGCCUGCCAGGAGCUGACACACAGCCAGGACCUGCUCUCAAGAAACCAUAUAGCCCAAGAAUUAAAAUCUCUAAAACAUCAGUGGAUGGUGAUCCCCAUUUUGUUGUGGAUUUCCCCUUAAGCAAACUCACUGUCUGCUUUAACAUUGAUGGAGAACCUGGGGACAUCCUACGGUUGGUCUCUGAUCACCUGGACUCUGGUGUAACUGUGAAUGGAGAGCUUAUUGGAUCCCCAGCACCUCCAAAUGGUCAUAAGAAACAGCGCACAUACUUCCGGACCAUCACCAUUCUCAUCAACCGGCCAGAGAGAUCUUACCUUGAGAUCACACCAAACAGGGUCAUCCUGGAUGGUGGAGAUAGACUGGUCCUCCCUUGCAAUCAGAGUGUGGUGGUAGGGAGUCGGGGACUUGAGGUGUCAGUGUCUGCCAAUGCCAAUGUCACUGUCACCAUCCAGGGAACCAUUGCCUUUGUCAUCCUCAUUCACCUCUACAAAAAGCCAGCACCCUUCCAGCGAAACCACCUUGGAUUCUAUAUUGCCAACAGCAAAGGCCUUUCUGACAAUUGCCAUGGCUUGUUAGGUCAGUUCCUGAACCAGGAUGCCAAACUCAUAGAAACUCCUGCAGUGCACAGCAAGAAUCUUAGUAAUCAGUCAUUUCCUCAGACAGAAGAGAUUCCUGAGGCUAUCCUAAAGGUGAAAGGACGCCAAGUUCCAGUGGUCUGGAAGCAAAGGAAGAUUUAUAAUGGGCAAGAGCAGAUAGACUGCUGGUUUGACAGAAACAAUGCCGCUAAGCUGAUUGACGGGGUGUAUAAGAACUACCUAGCAUCUCAUCCAUUUGACACGGAGAGCAUACUGGGCCUGAGGAGGUCCAGGAGAGCUGAGACUGGCAGUCUUCAUGAGGAGAGUGUCUAACAGGGAAUCGACUUUGGAUCUACUCUGGAUGCAGCUCUUCUUGUUACCUGUGCCUGUCUUGCCUCUUGCUAUGAGCUGCACUGUGUAGCCUGCCUCCUGGUGGAGUGGAGGUCCAAUGUAUGCUAGAGCAAUGAGUCAGGGCAGGAAGCUGGAGUGGAAAUACUAUAUUCUACUUCCUCUUCCUACCUUCCUCAUCCCAUCUGUACUAGACAAAAAUGGUAGCACCAAGAGGAGAGGAGAUCUAAUUAAGUAAAAUUGUGUAGCACCUGGCAUGGCCACCUCUUAGUCUACUGUAAAGUCACCCUUCCCGAGGAAGUAAGGUUGCCAUGGGAUUUGUUUUCUCUGUAGCAUUGUCUGAGUUGGGGCAGUCUGCUUUUGCCCUAUAUUCAUGCUUAGAAAUCACUCUUUUCAGUUGCCUUCCUCAGAUGGUGCUCUCAACUUCUUCUCUCAAGGUCAUCUACAUUGAGGCCAGGCCACCAAUGACGCAAAUAAGUAGUCCUCACUUGAAUCGCUCUAAAUGACCAAGGCUUUUCUUAGCAGAAGAUUGGUAUUUUUAUUUUUUGUGGGUUUUUUCUCUGUUGUGGAAUCUUGCCUUUAAAAAUUAGUUUUCAUUGUAAAAAUUUAACUAAAAAUAGAAAACUCAAUCUUCCAGAUACUGAUCUCUUCUUAAUUGACUUAUGAGGUAACUUGACCUUGCUGGUGGGUGCUUUCCAAUUUGUUCUAAUAAGCUAAGUGCUUAUAAUAAACAGGACAAUUCCCUGUG